UACUCGCAAUAUAACUACGUUCCUGACCCAUCUGGCGGGGGAAGACAACCGGUUACGGCCAAAAAGUCUCUUUAUAUGUAUAUCUGGUACGUGAGCAACACAGUGACCUUUAGACAACUUGGAAAUUUAUUUGGGGUAUCUCAGUCUGCGGCAUGGUCAAUAGUGCAGCGUGUUACUGGAUUUUUAAUUUCCAUUAGGAAUGAACACGUCAAGUGGCCAGAAGGACAUUAUUUAAAUGCAAAUGUGGACAAAUUUUACCAGAAAAAACGCAUUCCUGGCGUGAUUGGUGCGAUCGAUUGCACGCAUAUUGUAAUUAAGAGACCAAAAGUACAAAAGGAAAUGUACUUUAAUCGGAAAAGAACAUACAGCAUAGUGCUUCAAGCUGUAGUCGAUGCUAACAAAAAGUUCAUCCAUAUUACUUGUGGAGAGCCAGGGUCGCUUCAUGAUUAUAGAGUGCUAACAAGAUCCAAACUCUUUCAGGACGCAGAAAAUCAUUAUGAGGAAAUGUUUCCAAAUUCAUAUUUCAUCAUCGGCGACUCAGCCUAUCCGUCAACGAAAUGGCUGGUGUCACCUUUCAAAGAUUAUGGAAAUUUAAAUGAAUCCCAGCGAAAAUUUAACGAAAUACAUUCUUCUACAAGAAUGGUAGUUGAAAACGCCUUUGGGUUGCUAAAAGGGCGAUUUCGUCGACUUUUGAGGUUUACAGAGCAAACCGACUUGAAAGUGAUAACAAAAAUCGUAGUCAGCGCAUGUGUUUUGCAUAAUAUUUGCAUAUCUUUUGACGACUUAUGUGUUAUCGAUGAACUAUAUGAAGCGAUUGCCUUUGCUCAAGAAGAACAACAAGAUGAGUUUAAUCUGAAUGAAACGCUUAACAGGAGGCAAAAUCUUUUUAAUUAUUUAAGAGUUGUGUCUCUGCUCUUGGAUGAGCGAAGUGAAUUGCGCCUCAAUAGACAGGAAGAAGUUGUGAAUGAACUUUUGGAUGGCGUUUUUGCAAGCUCCAGCUCUUCUGAAGACUCGGAAGGCGAAACCGAGGACCACCCCAAGUGCAACAAUUUUGAAGCGACUCUCGAUGCCAUGGGUGGGAGUGAUUUUAAGAUGCACAUGAGACUGAAACGCGUGACGGUGGAAUACCUCAUAAGUAAUAUCCAAAAAUUUAUUGAAAUAACUACUUAA